UGUUGGUUCUGAAGCAGGGAAUGGCUUCUGGUGGUGACAGAGUGCAUCCUUUGAAUCCAUAAAAAGAUAAGUAGGAAGAAGAGAAAUUGGAACUAUUGAUUGAUAUUGUUCAGCUAAUGGGGUUUCCUGAUACCCCUGAAGUCUAAUGGAUUUUACAUCACUAACAUCACUGGAAUGGUUUGAAAAUUGGACACCAUCUUUUCUUGGCAGAGUUAUUGUGAAAUAAAUCGGUUAGGAUAUGAAAGAUAUCAGCCAUGAUGGAAAAGUGUUACAUGCAGGACUGUGUUGAGGACUACUUAAAUUGUUAAUGUCUGGCACAGAGAGCUGCUUAGCUAUUGGUUCAGCGUGGCGUGAGGGAUUUUUAUUGUAAACAUUAAAAAUAACUAUGUCCAAGAAAAGCCGUGCCAAGGGAGAGAGGUCCGACAUGGAGAUAGAAGCAGUUCAGGCUGCUAAUGAGGAACUACGGAUUAAACUGACCAACAUCCAGAUAGAAUUCCAGCAAGAAAAAAGCAAGGUGGGUAAACUGAGAGAGAGAAUCCAGGAAGUCAAGCAAGAAAGAGAGCAGGAGCAGCACAAGCACACAGCCUACAUCUCUGAACUGAAGGCUAAGCUCCAUGAGGAGAAAAUGAAGGAACUCCAGGCUGUCAGGGAGCUGCUUAUCCGGCAGCAUGAGCAGGAAGUAGCUCGUAUGGUAAAAAUAAAAGACAGUGAAAUUCAACGCUUGCAGUCUACGGUGAACGUGCUGCGGGAUGGGGCAGCCGACAAAGUGAAAACUGCAUUGCUCAAUGAAGCCAGGGAGGAAGCUCGGAAAGCAUUUGACUGUGAACGUAUAAAGAUGCAGCAGGAGAUAUUGGAGCUGAAGACUGGUAAAAAGCAGCUUGAAGAAGCUUUGAACAAUAUUAUGCAGGCAGAUAAAAUGAAGGCAGCUGAUCUGCGCACGGCUUAUCAGUCCCAUCAAGAUGAGGUUAAUAGAAUAAAGCGUGAAUGUGAGAGGGAUAUCCGCAGGCUGAUGGAUGAGAUAAAAGGCAAAGACAGAGUGAUUUUGGCUUUGGAAAAAGAUCUUGGUGUCCAGGCAGGCCAUGCACAAAAGCUGCUGCUUCAAAAAGAAGCUUUGGAUGAACAGCUUGUCCAAGUAAAGGAGGCAGAACGGUACCAUGGUAGCCCCAAGAAGGAACUUCCUCCUGGAGUAGGGGAUAUCACUGAAAUGAUGGGAAGCCCGGAACAGCAUAUGGAUGAACGAGACAUACGGAGAUUUCAACUAAAAAUCGCUGAACUGAAUGCUGUAAUACGGAAGCUGGAAGACAGAAAUACCCUUUUAGCAGAUGAAAGAAAUGAACUGCUGAAACGUUCUCGGGAGACAGAAGGUCAGCUGAAGCCCCUUGUAGAGAAAAACAAGAGGAUGACCAAAAAGAAUGAGGACAUGUUGCAGUGUAUCCAGAGGAUGGAAGAAAAAAUUAAAAAUCUCACAAGGGAAAAUGCAGAAAUGAGAGAAAAGUUAUCCACACAACCGACUUUGAAGAGACACACUUCCUUGAACGACCUCAGUAGCACACGAGAGGAACAAGAAAUGGAAUUCCUGAGACUGCAAGUCAUUGAGCAGCAGCAUGUUAUUGAUGAUCUCACAGUGGAACGAGAACAGUUGUUACGCCCAAAAAAACCGAAAAGGAAAAGUCUGAAACCUCCAAAGAGGCAUGUUGUGGAGACGUUUUUUGGAUUUGAUGAAGAAUCUGUUGACUCUGAAACCUCAUCUGUAACUUCGUAUAACACGGACAAAACAGACAGAACACCAGCAACACCAGAAGAAGACUUGGAUGAUAGUACGCUCAAAGAAGAAGCUGAUUUAAGGUUCUGUCAGCUAACCAGAGAAUAUCAGGCUUUACAAAGAGCAUAUGCAUUACUUCAAGAGCAAGUUGGUGGGACACUGGAUGCAGAGCGAGAAGCAAGGACUCGUGAACAACUGCAAGCUGAUCUCCUCAGGUAUCAGGCGAAAAUUGAAGAUCUGGAGAAAUCUCUGAUUGAAAAAGGACAGGAUUCCAAAUGGAUAGAAGAAAAGCAGCUCCUUAUCAGAACAAACCAGGAGUUGUUAGAAAAGAUUUACAAAAUGGAGCUGGAAGAGAAUCAGCUGAAGAACGAGAUGCAGGAUGCAAAAGACCAGAAUGAGCUGUUAGAAUUCAGAGUGCUCGAACUUGAAGAGAGAGAACGAAGGUCACCGGCAUUUAACCUCCAUAUAACCACCUUCCCUGAAAACAAUGGAAGUGCACUUCAACUGUUCUGUCAACAGGAAGGAAUAAAGGAUGUGAAUAUUUCUGAACUUAUGAAGAAGCUUGAUAUCCUUGGAGAUAAUGGGAAUUUGAGAAAUGAAGAACAGGUUGCAAUAAUCCAAGCUGGAACUGUACUUUCCCUCUGUGAAAAGUGGCUAAAACAAAUAGAGGGAACAGAAGCUGCAUUGACACAGAAGAUGAUGGACCUGGAGAAUGAAAAGGACCUGUUCAGUAAACAGAAGGGUUAUUUAGAGGAAGAACUCGACUACAGGAAACAAGCUCUGGACCAGGCUUACAUGAAAAUCCAGGAGCUGGAAGCCACGCUAUAUAAUGCUCUGCAGCAGGACACUGGAAGGCGGGCGAGUGAGUCAUUGAAUGAAGUGCAGAGGGAGGAUUUACGAGCUGCGGUGGAGAAGGUACGGAGGCAGAUCCUGAGGCAGAGCCGCGAGUUUGAUAGCCAGAUUUUGCAUGAGCGCAUGGAGCUGCUGCAGCAGGCACAGCAGCGGAUUCGAGAGCUAGAAGAUAAAAUAGAACUUCAAAAGCGGCAACUCAAAGAAAUAGAGGAAAAGCAUUCAUUGUGUGGCCUUGAUGAUGCUCCUGAGCCAAGAAAUGUGGAUAUUAAAAGAGCCUAUGGAGUGAACAACUGAAUCCACUUGCAAAAAGCAGAAAAUAAUUAUUUGAGCAGCUUUAAAUUGGAGCAUUUUUAUCAUGAAACAUUUGCAUAAUACU